AAAGGCAAAAAGAAAAUUCCAAUUGGCAGUUUUUUGGUUCGCCAUUUUCUCUCGAAAUGCAACAAAAGGUAAAGAGAGAAAGCCACUCUAUCCCUAGUUUCACGCACUACUUCACUGUUGCCUUAUUUUUUCUCUCUAGUCCUAUUUUAUCUUCUCUUGGGAUUGCUUCAUCCCUUGAUCUUCUCUUUCGCAUUCUUUAGCUCCAAUUUCCCACUAAUCAGUACAUUUCCAUUGGCAAUUAAAUUUUUGCAUAGUUGUUUGGCAUCUCCAUGUGACUAGAUUGUAGAGCUGAACAGCCUUCCGGUGUCAAUGGGCAUACAGAAGAUUUUCCUUUGGAAAUCAGGUGUUGAUAAUUGUCAUGGUAACAUUUCUGGAUCAUUAAAAGGUGAGGGCAAGGAAGAUAACCCUAUCUUCGGGGCAGACUCUGGUGAUGAUCUUGAUGACUGUGACUUCCAGGGACUUAGCUGUGAGCUUGGCAUGGUGGAAGGUCAGAUUUGCAGUAUACCAUACGAACUUUUUGAUCUACCAGAUUUGAGGGAGAUAUUUUCUUUGGACACAUGGAACUCAUGUUUGACAGAGGAAGAGAGGUUCUCUUUGUCGGCCUACCUUCCGGAUAUGGACCAACAGACUUUUUGGUUGACUAUGAAAGAGCUCUUCAGUGGUAGUGAUAUGUUCUUUGGAAAUCCCAUGGAUACAUUUUUCAAAAGAUUGAAAGGUGGAUUUUAUCCUCCACAGAUGACUUGUCUCAGAGAAUCCUUGCAGUUUCUUGAGAGGAGAAAAUAUUACCAUGCAUUAAGAUCUUAUCAUGACAAAAUGGCACAAAUGUUCAUAGACAUGAGAAGGUUGUGGGAUGAAUGUGAUAUGAGUACCGGUGUUGAAGAAAGACUUUAUAUAUGGAGAACAAGGAGGAAACACAGGGAUGCCAAUUUGCUGGACCUUAAUGCAGUGCCCAAUGAUGGAUAUAUGUUAAAUGAGGAUGUUAACUCGGAUGCAAUCAUGUGCUAUUUACCAAAGAGAAUGAAGACUUGGGAAACUGUUAGAGCAAAAAACAUUUUUGCUGGUCCAUCUGCCAAUGGAAUGAACAUUAUUGCUCCAAACUGCAGCACAAAGGGUGUUCUGAAGGUUAGGACUACUGGCAAUGCAAUUCAUAGUCACAAUCAAAAGAUGGUACUAGGUGACAUAGUGGAACAAUGUCGAUCAGUACCGAAGGGCCUGCUGAAGGUUGUUCCUAAAGUUCCUUCUGUCCAACCAGAACUAUCAAAAGUGUUCUCAAGAAGGUCACAAACAGCAUUGCUUGUUGGUGCCCAAGAUUUACAGGAUCGCAAAUCAUCUUGUUUGCCAGCAUCUGCAUAUGUGGGAAAUGCAGGUGGUUUUAGUGGGUCACCGAUACUAUGGCAGAAGGUUGCUGAGCAACCUCAAUGUAUAUUAAGUUGUCAGGAUGGUACUUUACGAAGCAGUAGGUAUUUACAAAACUCUGGUGAAAAUAUAAGCAAGGAAGUUGACAUUGUUGAUUUAGGAAAACAUAAACCGAUUGGACAUGAUGAGGAAAGGGCUUCUAAUGUGGGAUACGAAUCUUUAGUUGAUGUCAUUGAUUCAAAGAGAUACAAUUUUGGUGGUCAGAAUUUGUGGCAGAACUUUGACAUGGGAAAGAAAGGAUUGUUUGAGAGAUCCUUGGAAUCAUACCCAUUUGCUGCCCAAUACCAUGAAGGAGAGAGGCAGACCAGAAUCAUGCAAACAGACUGUAUCACCAUCCUUCCAAGAGUUCCUCAAGCUGUCUCAAGAAAUUCAGGAAUUGGAGGUGGCAUGCACCAAAAGUUAAUGGCUUCUCCCAACCAAAAGAAGAGUCCAUGUGAUUACAAUGUUGAAAACUCAGAGAAGUCUAGCAAACCCUGUGUUCCAGAGAGGCUUAAAUAUGAUCUUACCCUUCCUUUGACAUAUAAGCGAAGAAAGUCUAAAGCAAAAAACUCAUCAGACUUCACCAAUUCAUUAAUACCCGGCACUGAUUUAAGAUCUGGUACUCCAAAGGAAUCUAACCAACCUAUGGAGGAGAAUGUGAAGGCAUUGAAGAUAAAAUUCACGGGUUGGGAAAAAACUCCUUUGAACAGGGAAUCUUGAACAGCAUGUUAAGCACAAAAAUGUAGUUAGCUCCUUCCUAGUAUAAGAACCACAUGUGGUGGUAUAAAACAUAAAUCCCUCCUCUGUUACAGUCUUGGUCUGUAUGAUCGGUAUAUAUUGCAGAAAGAAAGUUCCUAUUAUCAAGUCAGAAUGUUGUCAA